ACGAUCGUCUUCUUGUCUUCGGAGGGAGGUUAGGGCUUCUCAUUUUGACAACUUUUCUUGAUAGCUAACACUGUUUUUUGCUCAUAUUAAAUUAUUUGCAAAAAUAAAUGGCAUUUUGCGCAUCUGUUAGGAUUAAACAAAUUCAAUAUUCAAUCCCCACCCUUUUUCUUCGCGCCUUCUUCUGUUCUAUAAAUAAACAGAAGCGGUUUAAAUAGAACGAAGUUUGUCUCAUAUAUUCAACAACUAACAACUUGAACGCCAUGGAUUCUAUCUCUGAAACUGGUGCACUGAUUAUCGAGGCUGCUGCUACUGGAGACCUUAAAAAACUUAAGGCGAUCAGAAGGAAGGUUGGUGAUGACACAGACUUCCGGAGAAUAUGUGAUGAAUAUGGCGACUUCUCCACGGGCUGGACUGUCUUGCAUCACGCUGCUGAAAUCGGACAUUUUGAGAUUUGCAAAUUCUUGAUUCAGAACGUCCAAGUUUAUAUUGAUGCCUCGACUUACCAGAGGGAUACUCCUCUGAUAAAAGCUGCCAAAGGGGAACAUGUUAAACUUGCGGAGUAUCUCGUCAAUCGAGGUGCUUCAAUUAGUAAGGCGAAUUCUAAAGGAUUCACUGCGUUGCAUUAUGCAAUUAUAAAAGAUAAUAGGGAGCUUAUGGAAUUGUUGCUGCUAGGAAAUGCUGCUAUAGAAGCUGAUUCUGUGGAGGGAACACCUUUACAGUGUGCUGCAUCUCGUGGAAAUGUCGAGGCUGUGAAGCUUCUGCUGUCUCAUGGCGCCAAGCCAGAUUUAUGUUUCUUAGUUAUGGACCCCCCUCUUGUAUGUGCAAUCAAGUCUCGCUCAUUUCAAUGCAUGGAUGCGCUGCUUAAGGCUCGCGCUGACCCAAAUACGUAUUACAUUGGGGUAUGUCCUUUGUCAUUUGCUGCAAAAGAAGGCGACACAAGAUUUCUUAAGUCUUUGCUUGAAGCUGGAGCAGAUCCAAAUUCAUUGUUCACAGGUGAUGUGAAACCUAUUGAGGAUGCUGCUUUGGUGCAUAAUCGUGAAGGUGUUGAGAUUUUGUUUCCACUGACUCAACAGAUAAAACAUUAUCCAGAAUGGACUGUUGAUGGCAUAAUGGACUACUGUCGUUCCGAACUAGCUAAAACAAUGAGAGAGGAGGAUAGGAGUCUUCGCUUCACCGCACUAGAGAAGGGAGCGCACGAUGCAAUGAGCCUUAAAGAUUACGACCGUGCAAUAGUAUAUUUUAGAAUGGCUAAUGCUAUUGAUCCAUCUAACCCGAAAUGGGCAUCAAAGCGAAGCCUGUGUCAUGCGCAUGUGGAUAGACGCGUGCAUGCUUUGUACGAUGCUGAAGAAUGCAUUAGACUCGAGCCACAAAUCCCCGCCCCCCACGAUGGAGAUGCUGAUGCUGCAUAUACGCUAGCAGAGAAGUUCUUCAUUACUGGCCUUGCCUUCACGUUGGAACCUUACGACAAAGCUAUUAAUGAUGAAUUUAGAACUGUUUCCUUUGAUUACUUUGCUUGGUUGUAUCUGAUGAGCAGCCCGGAGGAGAUUGUGAGUUUUACCGGAAAGUCAUGACAAUGUACAAGUUCCCCAUUUUAAACAUUGGUUCCAAAACAAGAUUGAAUUUCCAAAAAUUUAUUUCUUGAAAUCAAAAUUGUUCCUUUAGUGCGUUUUUC